AAUGGUUGCGAGACGGUUCCAUUUCAGUGUUUUUAACUUUUCUAAAGACGAUGGAAUAGUUGAUAAACUUUCGAGAAAAUAUACCGUUAUUAUCUUCAUUUUAGCGUCUUUAUUUGUUGUUUAUAUUCAAGUUUCUGGAAAAGGAAUUCAAUGUCUUUUUCCCAGUCAAUUUACGAAUUCACACGAACAACAUGGUCAAGCUGCAUGUCUAUAUACAGAUAGUUAUUAUUUCCGUUCAGACAGUGCUAUACCAACAAAACAUGGUAAUAAAAAAACCAUUAAUAACUACUUUAAAUGGUUUUCCCUGAUACUUCUCUUACAAGCUUUCGUUUCCUACUCUCCUAGUAUUGUUUGGAAAUGUUUCUAUAGAGUUUACGGUACAAAUCUGGAUCAAAUUGUUAAUUCUGCCGAAAAUCUAGCUUAUACAGAAGAGAAUGAUACUCGAAAAAAGAAACUUCAAAUUAUAUCUUCAAAAGUACUUCAAAAGAAUUCUAGUCUUCUUCCAACAGUCUAUGGAUUUGUUAGAAAGAUGUAUCUUUUAAACGGGAUUGGACAAAUGGUACUAUUUGGGAUGAUGUUUAAUUGGGGUAUCUUCAAACAUAGAUAUCAAAAGAUAGCUAACGAUUAUAAUCUAACGAUGAAUGAAUAUUUUCCAAGAUCAAUUAUGUGCGAUUAUAGUGUAAGAACGUUGAAUAGGAUUCAUAGCUAUACAUUGGAAUGCAGAUUAGCAAUAAAUGAAUGGAAUUUCAUUAUAUUCCAUAUAUUAUGGGUUUGGCUUCUAUUCGUAUCUGUUAUCACUUUUUUGGCAUCUGUUCAACAGUUUUUCCGUUAUAUUACCAACAAUGACAGAUUUCUAAGGGAAAAUCUCAAAUCGAAACUAAGAGGAAGUUUAGAUAUUAGAGAUUUCAAAAGAUAUUUAUGCAGAGACGGAGAAUUUAUCUUGAAGAUAAUUUCUGAAAAUUCGGAAGAUGUUGUAACAUCUGAGAUAAUAUGUUACAUUUGGGACAACUAUACCUCUAUUAUUCAUGACGGUAAAGAAGGACGAAAUAUAGAGUUGUUACAAGGUCAAUAA